AUUUUAAAUAAUAAAGUCUAAAUGGGACCGUAUCUAAGCCAACCAAAAACAGAGAAGACUUCAGUUACAGGUUAAAAUUAGGUACUCCAAUAUGCUGCCACUCAUAUGCAAGGUAUUAAAUUAUGAAUAUAUUAGGAUGGAGAAAUACAAUGGAGGAUGCUCACAUUUCAGAUAUUAAUAUAGAGCCAGAUGUUCAUUUAUUUGCUGUUUUCGAUGGUCAUGGAGGAAGUGAAGUAGCAAUAUUUGCAGAAAAACAUUUCAAAGAAGAAUUGAUGAAGAAUAAAAACUAUCAAUCAAAAAAUUAUGAAAAGGCUUUGACAGAAACAUUUUUUAAAAUUGAUAAAAUGUUAUAAGAGCCAGCUGGUUAAGAUGAGUUAAAUAAAAUAAGAGGAGUAACUGACGAAGGUAAUAUAUAUCAAAAUUUUUUUAGCAUCUUUGGCUGGAUGUACUGCUAAUGUAGCUUUGAUUGUUGGCAAGAUAUUAUAUGUUGCUAAUGCUGGAGAUUCAAGAGCAUUUUUAAAUAGAGACGGAAAACCAUUUGACAUGAGUAAAGAUCAUAAGCCAGAUGACGAUUUAGAGAAAAAGAGAAUAGAAAGAGCUGGAGGUUUUGUUUCUGAUGGUCGUGCUAAUGGUUUAAUAUUUUAAUAAUAUAUAAGGAAAUCUUUCUUUAUCAAGAGCUUUGGGAGAUUUGGAAUAUAAAAAAGAUAAUAGAUUUAAGCCUGAGGAAUAGAUAAUCUCUGCAUUACCUGAUAUUAAAGUAACAUAAUUGACUCCUGCUGAUAAGUAAUUUUAAUAUAUUUUAAUUUUAUUAGAUUUUUAUUGAUGGGAUGUGAUGGAGUAUUUGAAACAUGGGAUCAUUAAUAAAUACUUAAUUUUGUUAAUUAAGAAUUGAAAAGUAGUCAAAAUCUAUAGAAGGCUACUGAAAAAUUGCUUGAUUAAUUGUUAGCAAAAGAUACAUCAAGUAAAUAUUUACAUCUAUUUUAUAGUGGGUACUGGCUGUGAUAAUAUGACUUGUAUUUUGAUUCAAUUUAAAUGAUGAAUCAAUU